CACGGGAACCAAAUAAGGAAAUGACGUGGUGCAUGUGCAGAUGGACUCAAAUAGAAAAUAGAAACAGUGACACCGGGACCGGGUGUGUGAGAGGUAGAGGAGGGACCUGGCGCUGACUUCAGACGAGGAUGGGAGACAUAGCAGAAAAUGAGACAAGCUUCUACUCUAAUGCGGAGGACUACUGGAAGGAGGUUCCCCCCACAGUGGACGGCAUGCUGGGAGGCUACGGCAGCAUCUCCAGCAUUGAUAUCAAUGGAUCCAAGGCUUUCCUGCAGAAGUUCCUCGGUGAGGGAGAGGGGAAGACGGGCACGAGCUGUGCUCUGGACUGUGGAGCAGGCAUCGGGAGGAUCACCAAACGUUUACUUCUGCCUCUGUUCAACACCGUGGACCUGGUGGACGUGACGCAGGAGUUCCUGGACAAAGCCAAGACGUACCUGGGAGAUGAGGGCAAGAGAGUGGGGAAGUACAUCUGCAACGGCCUGCAGGACUUUGUACCAGAGAGCGGCCGCUAUGAUGUCAUCUGGAUCCAGUGGGUCAUUGGCCACCUGACAGACGACCACCUGGUGGAGUUCCUGCGACGCUGCCAGAAAGCCCUGCGGUCCAACGGCCUCGUCGUGAUCAAGGACAAUGUGUCGUACGAGGGCGUGGUCCCCGACGAGGUGGACAGCAGCGUCUGCCGCGACCUGAAAAUAGUGCACAGUCUGGUGGGCAGAGCGGGCCUCCGCAUCGUCCACGAGGAGCAACAAAUGAACUUCCCAAAGGAGAUCUACCAAGUCCACAUGCUGGCUCUCAGAUAGAGGACUGUUCCCUCCUGCGUGGGACAGGAAGAAGGGCCGCUCUUGUAUACAAAGUAUUUCUAAUGUGGAAAUGGUAUUUUUCUAGUCAGCCGUCCGUUUAUUAUCUGUUUGGAAGGGAUCUGCAGUGUGGUGUGUGUGUGAGUGUGUGUUGCUAACUUUUCUGAGCUACCAGGCCACGUUACACCUCUGUCUCACACUCAGGAAGGACACAUUCUGGCCUGUGUGUCAGUGUGGUCUCCAGCAGGAUCGCAGGUCAGAGUUCACCUUUGGCUGUGUCGGCCAAUAGAAACCCUGAUGGACAGUCAUUGUUCUAACGCCCCACUCUAACGUACUGUCAUCAGUGUGCUCAAUAUUUAUUUAUUACUAAUGCUGGAACUGUGACAUCACUUCCUUGGAGCUGAAGGCGGGGCAGUUUUACUGACCAGAGGGCUAAUGUGACCGUCACCUUACUGGAAGCGUUUCAGAUGUGCAGCAGCAGAUACAUUUCCAUUAUUGUUUAGAAUUGUUUCAUGGACAUUUUGGAUGUUUUACAGCUGAUUGGAAACAUGUUUGCAGGUCAUUUUCUAAACAAUGUGGAGACUUUGUGGCUGUAUUUUACUGCUUUUAAGGGGUAUCUGUUCAUAUGGAGUCUGAUUUGAUACUUCUAUUUACCUAAAUGUUGAUUAAAUGUAUCUGACACAUUGAAAUAACACUGAAGCCUACUUCACUUAAGUAGAUCAUCUUAAAUUAUGUAGAUGAUAUGGAUGAAAGUGUAACUGGGACAGUGUGACUCCUGAAACUGACGUGAUGCGAUGGCUGCAGACGUGUGGUUCUGUUGGAACUACAGGAAGUCCACUCAUGUUUGUACAGAGGUGUUACAGAGUGAUGCUUCUCUUAACUAAUAACGGCCGACCAUCCCACAGCCGCUUCACGCUGUGAUUGGUCAGCUGUGUGGAGGCGAGGAAGGAGCCAGGGUUUAAACUUCUCAAUGUCUGAGGAUGUGCUAUAGGCAAAGUGUCUAAUCACCAAGAAAACAAUCUGCUGAUUAUUUGAUACUGAAAAUAAGUUGCAGCUCUGAACCACAUCAGUGCUUCCUCUGCUUUAGACUUUGGGGUUGGGGUGAUGCAGUCAGACUAGUUUUGCUGUAACGACAAAAUCAAAAGGUGUAUGAACACACUGACAUUAAAUAAAGCAUUUACUUUCAGUCAGAAGUGAUGCUUCAGAGAUAAGAAUAGACCCAGUGCGUAAAGAUAGCAGAGCUGGAAAAAGGAGCCACUCGCUAGUGGAUAACUCCAAGAGCAGUGAGCUCAGCUGCAUUCUGUGGAUGCUGGGAGUUGUAGUGACAGCUGCAGGGGAAGUGAGACUCAGGACUGUGGUUUACCUCAGGGUAGACCUGGCCAAUGAAUCAAUUCAUCCAAAUUUAAAAUGACGCAAGAAAACAGCUUAAUUGUAAAAAAUGUAGACUUAAACAACAGCUGCUAAGGACUACAAGCCCCAAUCCACUCAAGUCACUAAUCUACACAGAACAUGUAGAAUUAUUUUCUCACAGUAUCCCAUAAGAGAAGAAGGGGCCUCAGUGAUAAGGUAAAGAAAUAAAGAUAUGGUGUCUUUUGUAGUUCAGAGAAACAAAAUGAGGAAGUUGAGACAAUGUCUCCUUUCUCUCCAUCACGUCUACUUGUUCCAGCACUCCACUGGAGCUCUAGCACGCUCAUUUGUUUUAUGGCUGCACUCAUGUAUGUUCUGCAUUUUACACUUUUUCUCAGAAUUCAGCCUGAUACACCAGUAGAGUUUCACCUUAAAAAGAAAAGCAUUCAAAAUAGACAGCAUAUGAAGAAACGCACGUCAGCGUGUUUAUAUGGGAAGCAGUGAAGACUGUAACAGUAGAUUGUACUUCCAGUGAGUGCUGUCAGUUAGGAUUCAUCAUCACUCUGCUUCUGCGGAUCCACUGCUAAUGAAUUUCCACUUGGAGGUCAGGUAGAAGAUACCAUUCCAAAUAAAAGGAGUGUUGCUCUUUUGACAAAUAAUAA